GCGGCCUCAGCCCGGCCGCCGGGGGCGGGGAGGCGGCGGGGCGGCCCCGGCCGUGCCCAUAAGGCGGGCGGCGGCCGUGGCGGCGGCGUGGCCCAUGGCGGCGGCGGCGGCGGCGCGGUGCCUGCGGGGCGCCCGGCGCCUCCUGCCCGCCGGCGCCCGGCGCGAGAGCCGCGAGCUGGCCCGGCUGGCGGGGCCCGUGUUUGUAGCCCAGCUGCUGAGUUUCCUGAUCAACGUGGUCAGCUCCAUAUUCUGUGGCCAUCUGGGGAAAGCUGAGCUGGAUGCUGUGACACUGGCUGUGUCUGUUAUCAACGUGACAGGCAUCUCCAUCGGGUCUGGGUUAGCCUCAGCAUGCGACACGCUGAUGUCCCAGACCUAUGGUGGCAAGAACCUGAAGCAGGUGGGCACCAUCCUGCAGCGGGGGAUCCUCAUCCUGCUGCUGUGCUGCUUCCCUUGCUGGGCAAUCUUCAUCAACACCGAGCGGAUGCUCCUGCUCAUCCAACAGGACCCUGAGGUCUCCAGGUUAACGCAGCUCUACGUGAUGAUCUUUAUCCCAGCUCUUCCUGCGGCGUUUCUGUACCAGCUGCAGACAAGAUAUUUACAAAGUCAGGCGAUCAUUUUGCCUCAAGUGAUUACGGGUAUUGCAGCCAACAUCCUCAACGUGGCCAUGAAUGCCAUCUUUCUGUAUGCACUGAAGCUGGGCAUGGUGGGCUCUGCCUGGGCCAACACUGUUUCUCAGUACACCCAGGCCAUUCUCCUCUUCCUUUACGUGUGGUGGAAGAAGAUCCAUGUGGAGACCUGGGGAGGCUGGACCAAGGACUGCCUCCAGGACUGGGGUUCCUUUAUCCAUCUGGCUGUGCCCAGCAUGCUCAUGAUGUGUAUUGAGUGGUGGACCUUUGAGAUCGGGAGCUUCCUGGCAGGGCUGCUCAGUGUGGUGGAGCUGGGUGCCCAGUCUGUGAUCUACGAGCUCUCCUGUGCAGCAUAUAUGGUGCCCCUAGGCUUCAGCGUGGCCACAAGCGUCCGAGUGGGCAAUGCCUUGGGAUCGGGGGAUGCAGUGCAAGCCAAGACCUCCUGCAUCACUGCCCUGCUGUGCUCAGGAGUGUUUGCUGUAGUGGUUGCAACAUUACUGGGAGUCCUAAAGGAUAUAGUGGGCUACAUCUUCACCAGCGACAAGGAGAUCGUUACCUUGGUGUCCAAAGUGAUGUUGAUCUUUGCUCCAUUCCACUUAUUUGAUGCAGCAGCAGCGACCUGUGGCGGUGUGCUGAGGGGCGCAGGGAAACAGAAGAUGGGUGCUAUCGCCAACGCUAUCGGCUAUUAUGCCAUCGGCCUGCCCAUCGGCAUCUCGCUGAUGUUUGCAGCUAAGAUGGGGGUGUUAGGUCUGUGGGUGGGGAUGAGUAUUUGCAUUUCUUUGCAAGCCCUUUCCUUCUCAACCUUUGUCAUGCGCAUGGACUGGAAGAAAGCUGCAGAAGAGGCUCAAAUCCGAGCUGGAUUGAAAAAACAACUGGAAGAUGUGAACUCCAAUGGCACAGCUGCUAACAAAACAUCUGUUCUUGACGCUGUGAACGCCGAGGCCUUACCCGACGGCACCGUGGUCUUACCCGACUGCACUGAGGGAGAGGAGAGGCAACCUGAUCACCAGCUCAUUGUGCAGGAGGAGCCUGCUGUCUCCUUUGCCCCUCCUGUGGCAGGGAGAGCCCUCAUCCUCCGCCGGGUGCUGGUUGCUGCUGCAGCCGUCGCUGUUCUGCUCAUAGGUGUGUUGGUCCGGCUCCUGACUGGCAACGGAUAGAGCUAGCGUCAGCACACCGCCGGGGAACUGUGACUGCACAGAGCAGGAAGGCACAUGGUAACGGCCUAGGAAGAUGAUGAUCAGGGAAGGAAUUUCCCCCUCGGUAGCUUGUUAAGAGUCACUUCACGCGGUUUCUGGUUAAGUCAAAGUGUCUUAUCCCACAUGCUCAGUUCUUAAACGAGAUGAGGAUGCAGCACCCAGGAAGGAAGUGCGUGAGAGGCUGUCCCCUCUCCAGCACUGCACUGGGAUGUCACUUGUGAUGCGGCUAGAGUGUGUCUUAGGGCUGGCCAGGGGAGGAGAUGGGCUUUGUGCUACUGUCCUCCUGCUUCCUAGUCACAGGGAGCAUUUGACCAUGUGCUUUGGUAAUGGCAGAGGCACGUGCUGCCCACAAAGCGUGUUCCCUCACAGAGCUGCCCCUGCCAGCAUCUUGGCACGUCAGAGCCUGCUUGCUAACGGUACAACAGUGCAUUGCAGUACAAGGCCACAUUUGCUAGAAAAUGGCUGACUCCCACCAAGGCGUUGGCUGCUGGCUCCUGGCCCUGCUCUCCCCUGUGUUUGGCAGGCGCAGAGCCUAGAGCAACUCUUCUUUGCACUUUUGUAACCUGGGAUUUUGAUACAAUAAAGUUUUCUGAGUAAA